AUACAAUGGGCCUAAUCAUUGAAUCCGCAACGAAUUCGAUUUCGAUACGAUACAGAUUUUCGAUCGAAAAUUUUCAUGCAAUCAUUCAUUCCGUCGAUAAACUGCUUUAUCAAAAAACACAAAUGUCAAACUACAUUAUCGACGGUAAAUUUGACAAGUUUGAAAAAUUAAAUUGGCUGGGCUUUUGCUUCGUUUAUAUAAAUAUUUGAAAUGGAUACAAUCAUGUUACAUUUAAGUGAUAGCGAUAAUGAGGAUGAAAAUUGUAUACAAAUUCGUCGCGAGCGCAGAAAUUUGCGGAAUAAUUCAAAAGACAUAUUGGAAAUGGAUGAUUAUAAUUUCUUCAAAAAUUUUCGCAUCAACAAAGCAGCAUUUAUAUACAUUUUAGAGGAAUACGAAAAUGUAUGUGGAAAUGAUAAGAGACAAGGUUCUCUUUCUCCGAAAAUAAAACUUGCUGCAUGUCUGCGCUUCUUUGCCACAGGCAACUAUCAGCAUUGUGUUGGAAAGGACUUCAACAUAAAUGUGGCCCAAUCGACAUUCUGUGGAAUAUUAGAGGAAGUUCUAAACAGUCUUGAGUACAGACUAUGUUCACGGUGGAUUUCUAUUUACAUGAAUGAAAACGAAGAAUUGGAAUCAAAAACAUUUUUUUUUGCCAAGUCAAAAAUUCCGGGUGUGACAAUGGCAGUUGAUGGAACUCACAUAAAGAUAAUGGCUCCAACGAGAGAUAAACAUCUUUAUUAUAAUCGCAAAGGAUUCUCAAGUUUGAACGUUAUGAUAGUGUGCGACCACAAAAUGCAAAUACGCUACGUUAAUGCAAAAUAUCCUGGCAGUAGUCACGAUUCUCAUAUAUGGGAUUUGAGUGACAUAAAAACUAUCAGCGCAACCAAUUAUCGGAGAGGAAAUGCAAAUUUAAUAUUAGGUGAGAAACCAUUGAUAAAAGUACGUUCACCUAAUAAAAAUGUACGCAUUAAAGGAGACAAAGGGUAUCCUCUUCAACCAUGGCUCAUAACUCCAUUUAGAGAACCAAUCACAUGCCUCAGAAAAAGAAGGUUUAAUACGUAUCAUGCUAAAGGCCGAAUAGUUGUUGAGAAAACAAUAGGAUUAUUAAAAUCAGUAUUUCGUUGCCUUUGCAGUGAACGAGGACUACAUUACGCACCAUAUAAAGCAGCGCGUAUUGUUAAUUUCUGCUGUGCAUUGCAUAAUAUUCGUUUGCAUUUUAAUUCUAACGAAAAUUUUAAUGAGCCACACCUGGAUAUAUCUGAAAAUGAAUAUUCAAACAAUGAUGACAAUGAUUUAAAUGAUAUGCCUUCCGACGAAGCAAAUAGAAUAAGAGAAACUUUUUUAGAUAUGUUUUAGUAUAAGUUCAUAUAUAACUAAAUAUGUUGAGUUCAUUUUUAUUAAAACUAAGUUAAAAAACGUAAAAAUUCAUUAAAAUGUAAAUAUUUUGAAUUAAUAAUAAAAACUUAUGGAUUAUUUAAAUGUUCAA